GGUGAUGAAUAAAAAUAACAAUAAUAUAUUUGUUACUUUAAAAAGGAAAAGGAGGAGGAGGUGGAGGAGGAGAUGUUGCAUGCAAAUAAAGCAAACCGCCGGAUCCGUAAUUUUCUUGUUACAAGUCUGUCGCCAGCCACCGCUUUCCACUGCCUCUGCCACUGCCACUGAUAGAGGUGGUGAUGUUUAAUAUCCACCACAUUCCAUUUCAAACAUUGAUUGCUGUUAGGUCCUUCUUCCUCUUUUCUUUGUCCUCUUAAUAAUAAUUAAAGAGACCACCAAAAACACAACACCACUAAUUUGUAAUAUCACAAGCCGGCGAAGCCCGCCAGCCAGCCAGCGACGAAUGGAGGGAGGGAUGCAGUAGAUAUAUAGAUAUUAUAUAGAUAUUCGAUGUCAACGUCGCAAACCCUCGGUGGGGCUUCCCGCUGUGGUUGGGUGCUUGGUCCUUCCCUUGACAAGAUCAUCAAAAAUGUAGCCUGGAGGAAACAUUCCCAUCUCGUUUCCGCCUGUAAAUCUGUCCUCGACAAGCUCGAGUCUUUGACCGAUGAUGCCUCCGAUCCCGGCUCUUGCUCCCCACUCUACGGCCUCUCUUCUUCCGAUGCUGACUUCUUGCUUCAGCCCCUCAUUAUGGCCCUCGAAUCCCGCUCCCCUAAGGUUGUGGAGCCUGCCCUCGAUUGUGCCUUCCGACUCUUUUCUUUCGGCAUCAUCCGCGGAUGUGAGAUCCAAGAAAGCUCUUCUCUUAUUUACCGCCUCGUUGACACCGUUUGCAAAUGCUCCAAUCUCGGCGACGAGGCCAUUGAGCUAGCUGUGCUCGAGGUCCUUCUUUCAGCUGUCCGAUCGCCCUCCGUCUACAUCCGGGGUGAUUGCCUUGUAUACAUUGUCAAAACCUGCUACAACAUUUACCUGGGUGGCAAAAGUGGCACCCUUCAGAUCUGUGCUAAGUCUGUUCUUGCACAGAUGGUGAUCAUUAUUUUCACCAGGGUCGAGCAGAAUUCCAUGCUUGCUGAGUUCAAGAAUGUUGUUGUAUUUGAGUUGCUGGAGUUUGCUGAUAGGAACCUGAACGAAGGAAGUUCUAUACACUUCUCUCAGAAUUUCAUUAAUGAGAUCGUGGACGCUAAGCAGAGCCCUCCUGAUUCAAAACAUUCAUAUGAUGAAAGGAAAAAUCAAUCUGUUAAUGUUUCUCGUUUUAGUGGUCAGAGUGAUCUUAGAGAAGAUGGUUUUACGCUCUACAAGAAUUUAUGCAAAUUAUCUAUGAAAUUUUCAUCACAGGAGCAUUCUGAUGAUCGGAUCCUUUCGAGGGGGAAAGUUCUCUCCUUGGAGCUUCUAAACGUCAUCAUGGCCAACGCAGGUCCAGUCUGGCACACCAAUGAGAGGUUUCUUAAUGUACUCAAGCAGUACCUAUGCUUGUCACUGAUGAAGAACAGUGCAGUAUCAGUGAUGACUAUUUUUCAACUUCUUUGUUCAAUAUUUUUCAACUUAGUCUCAAAAUUUAGAUCUGGAUUGAAAUCAGAGAUUGCAACAUUUUUUCCCAUGCUAAUAAUUCGUGUAUUGGAGAAUGUGCUUCAACCUAGUUUCUUGCAGAAGAUGACUGUUCUGAGUUUAGUGGAGAAGAUCUCUCAGGAUCCUCAGAUCGUCAUUGAUAUCUUUGUCAACUAUGACUGUGAUGUGGAGGCUCCAAAUCUAUAUGAAAGGAUUGUCAAUGGCCUUCUGAAAACUGCUCUAGGUCCACCUCCUGGUUCUACCACAUCGUUGUCUCCAGCUCAAGACACAACAGUACGUCAUGAAUCAGUAAAGUGUCUUGUUAUAAUCAUCAAGUCAUUGGGAACAUGGAUGGACCAGCAGCUGAAAGUUGAACGCUCGAAUCCUCCAAAAUUUUCCAAUGAUGAAAACUUGACAGAAAAUAUGAACCUCAGCGAAGAUGCAAAUUUUUCUGAUUGUGAGCUGCCCUCAGAAGCAAAUUCUGAAUUUACUGAUGCUGCAACAUUGGAGCAGCAUAGAGCUUAUAAAUUAGAAAUUCAGAAAGGUAUUGCACUAUUCAAUACAAAACCUUCCAAGGGAAUUGAGUUCUUAAUUAGCACCAAAAGAGUUGGCAGCUCUCCUGAAGAAGUGGCUUAUUUUCUCAAAACUAUUGCUGGGCUGAACAAAAGUAUGAUGGGUGAUUAUUUUGGUGAAAGAGAGGAAUUCCCCAUGAAAGUUAUGCAUGCGUAUGUAGAUUCAUUCAACUUUGAUAAAAUGGGCUUUGGUGAAGCAAUCAGAUCCCUAUUAAGAGGGUUUAGGUUACCUGGAGAAGCAGAAAAAAUCGACCGCAUCAUGGAAAAAUUUGCUGAACGCUAUUGUAAAUGCAAUCCAAGCUCAUUCAGCAGUGCAGAUACAGCCUAUGUCCUUGCCUACUCAGUGCUAGUGCUUAACAUGGAUGCUCACUAUAUUAUGGUAAAAAAUAAGAUGACCAAGGCUGAUUUCAUCCAAAAUAAUCGCGGCAUCAAUGAUGGCAAGGACCUACCUGAAGAUUAUUUGGGUACUCUGUACGAUGACAUCGUGAAUAAUGAGAUUAAGAUGAGCGCAGAAUCUUCUGCUCUACAAAGCAAACAGGGAAACAGCCUAAAUGCACUGCUGGGCUUGGACGGUAUAUUCAAUCUGGUCACAAAGCAGACAGAGGAAAAGCCGUUGGGGCCAAAUGAAUAUCUAAUAAGGCAUAUUCAGGAGCAGUUUAAGGAUAAAUCUUUAAAGCCAGAGGAUAUUUAUUAUGCUUUAGCUGAUCCAACAAUUUUGAGGUUUAUGGUUGAAGUUUGCUGGGGCCCGAUGCUUGCUGCAUUCAGCGUAACUCUGGGCCAGACUGAUGAUAAGGAAGCUACUACUCAGUGCUUGCAGGGGUUCCGAUAUGCUGUGCAUGUUACUGCUAGCAUUGGCAUGCAGACCCAGAGAGAUGCUUUUGUUACUACUGUGGCUAAGUUUACUUACCUCCAUUGUGCUGCAGAUAUGAAGCAAAAAAAUGUUGAUGCCGUUAAGGCUAUUAUAUCAAUUGCUAUUGAAGAUGGGAAUUACCUUCAGGAAGCAUGGGAACAUAUUUUAACAUGUUUAUCCCGAUUUGAACAACUGCAGCUCUUGGGGGAAGGGGCACUUUCAGAAUCAUCCUCCCUUAAUACACCUAAUUCUGAAACCGAACUGAAAUCCUCGAAUUACCCUUCUUUGAAGAAAAAAGAAGCACUCCAGAAUCCAACUGUAGUGGCAGUCAUACGAGGGGGCUCUUAUGAUAGCACCUCUAGAGUCUACUCCUCUGGUCUUGUUACUCCAGAGCAGAUGAAUAACUUUAUUUCAAACUUGCAUUUGCUUGACCAAAUUGGGAACUUUGAGUUGAAUCACAUUUUUGCUCAUAGCCAAAGGUUAAACAAUGAGGCAAUUGUUCCUUUUGUGAAGGCACUCUGCAAAGUUUCCAUGUUAGAAUUGCAGUCUCCAACUGAUCCACGUGUGUUUAGUCUCACAAAGAUGGUGGAAGUUGCGCACUACAACAUGAAUCGCAUCAGACUAGUGUGGUCCCGUAUAUGGAGUGUCCUUUCAGAAUUUCUUAUAGCAGUUGGUUUGUCAGAAAAUCUCUCUGUUGCAAUCUUUGUUAUGGACAUGCUGCGACAGAUUACUAUGAAAUUUCUAGAGCGAGAAGAACUGGCAAACUAUAACUUCCAAAGUGAAUUUUUGAGACCAUUUGUGGUUGUGAUCGAGAAAAGUACUUCCACAGAAAUCAGAGAGUUAAUAGUUCGUUGUAUCUCACAAAUGGUCUCCGGUCGGUUCAGUAACAUAAAAUCUGGAUGGAAGAGUGUUUUCAUGGUUUUCACAGCUGCUGCAGCUGAUGAAAGAAAGAGCACAGUCUUGAUGGCCUUUGAAGCCAUGGAAAAGAUAGUGCGAGAAUAUUUUUCCUACAUAACUGAGACGGAAACAUUGACUUUUACCCAUUGUGUCAGGUGCCUCAUCACCUUCGCAAAUAAUAGAUUCAACAGCGAUGUUAGCCUCAAUGCUAUUGCUUUUGUUCGGUUCUGUGCUGUCAAACUUGCAGAUGGUGGACUUGCUUGGAAUGAGAAAAGCGAGGGUGAUAGUUUAAACACUCCAACAGUGAAGGACAACGCUUUCGGUGGUCAAAAGUGCAUUGAUAAGGAUGAUCAUACGCAUUUCUGGUUUCCUUUGCUCUCAGGGUUAUCAAGAUUGACAUCGGAUCCUAGACCACCUAUUAGAAGAUGUGCUAUGGAAGUUCUCUUUAAUAUCUUGAAGGACCAUGGCCACCUUUUUCCACAGCCAUUCUGGGCCAGUGUUUUUGAAUCUGCGAUCUUCCCAUUAUUCAGUUUUACAUGUAAUAUUGAAGAGCCUGAAAAAGAUGAUAAUCACUAUUCACCAGAGCCUGGAUCCCAACUACCAGAUGAGAGCCUUUGGGAGUCCGAAACCAAUGCAGUGGCUGUAGAAUGUCUCAGUGAUCUAUUUGUCCACUUCUUUGAUUUGGUGAGGCCUCAACUGCGUCAAGUAGUAUCUAUAUUAGUGCGAUUCAUAAGAAGUCCAGCCCAAGGUCCGUCGAGUGCUGGAACGGCUGCUUUGAUCCGUUCAGCUGCUGAAUUGAGAGGCAAACUUUCAGCAGAAGAAUGGCUAGAUAUCUUUCUUUGUUUGGAGGAGGCUGCUAAAUCCAGUUUGACUGGUUUGACAGAGCUCUUGAAAAGCAUGAACCGCAUUGAGGUGCCUGAUUUUGCUUACCAGAAUGAUGUAGUGGACGAUUUUGAGGAUGAGAACCUGCAAACUGUGGCUUAUAUUGUUUCAAGGAUGAAAAGCCAUAUAGCUGUGCAACUACUCAUCAUGCAGGUAGUGGCUGAUCUUUGCAAGAUGCAUGUGCAGUCUCUGUCCCUGGAUACUUUCACUGUUAUUCGUGAAAUCUUUUUGUCCACUGCAAAUCGCUCCAGUGAAUUGAACUCUGAAACUAGUUUACUGCUGAAGAUAGAGAAGACAUGUUCCGUCCUAGAGAUGUCAGAGCCACCCCUGAUUCACUUCGAAAAUGAUUGUUACCAGAAUUACUUGAACUUUUUGCAUGAUUUGCUCAUGACCAAUCCAUCUAUGUCCCAAGAAAAUAACAUAGAAGCAGAGCUUGUUACUGUUUGUGAGGAAGUGUUGCAGAUAUACCUAGAUUGUGCUGGAUUUGGACGGAAAGCCAUCAGAGAACAAGGAGGUAGUACUCUUUCUUCUGGCUCGGUCAAAGAGGAAGAAUUGGCAGCACGCACUCCUUUAGUUCUUUCAGUGAUGAGGAUUUUGGGUAGUCUAGAAAGAGGUUGUUUCAGGAGGUACAUUUCACAGUUAUUCCCGUCGUUAGUAGAUCUUGUUCGGAGCGAGCACAGUUCAUGGGAAGUGCAGGAAGUUCUAAGCAACAUACUUGAAUCAUGUAUUGGGCCAUUAAUAAUGGAGUAGCUAUUUUUUGUUCAAUGUUGUACAGUGAAUAAAUUAACUCAUUGGCACUUUACAUUUAGUAAUUA